AUGGUCACCAAUGUCCCCGUCGCCCAGGCGGUCACUGUCAGCCUUAAGGAUCUGGAGAAUGGAACCGUCUCCUUCGACACCCUCACCAAGGCAUUCGGCCCAUCUUCUUUGGGCAUAAUCGUUGUCAAGGAUCUUCCUGCGGAAUUCGCCACACUACGCGCCCAAGUCCUCUCUAAUGCAUCAUAUCUCGCUGCCCUGCCAGCUUCAGAACUGGAGACCCUCGAAAGUCCACAGUCCAAGUACCUUGUCGGCUGGUCCUGCGGCAAAGAGACCCUCAAGUCAGGACAAUACGACACCCACAAGGGCUCCUACUACAUCAACUGCGCCUUCUACCAAAAUCCAGAACUGAACAACGCCCCAGCAGACGGAUUCCCAGAUUUCCCGCAGUACACAGCGCCAAAUAUCUGGCCAGACAGCGAGAAACUCCCCGGGUUUCGCCCAGCUGUGCAGGAACUCUGUUCGUUGAUCAUUGAUACCGCGGCCCUCGUGGCGAAUGCGUGCGAUCGCUUCGCGGAGGUGAAUAUCGAUGGGUAUAAGGCCGGUUACUUGCAGCGUGUUGUGCGGAGUAGUCUGACCACCAAGGCGAGAUUGCUGCAUUAUUUCCCAUCUGACUCGCCGAAGGAUGAAGAAGAGGAAAAUGAUGAUGAUGACUGGUGCGCCACACAUGUUGAUCAUGGUUGCCUGACGGGUCUUACGUCGGCUAUGUUCCUUGAUGAAGAAGCUACACCUCCUACACUCCCUGCAAAUGCACCGGAGACAGCGACUCUGUCUGAGCUUCCUACCUCGCCUGAUCCAGCGGCCGGUCUCUACAUUCGCUCGCGGACGGGUCAAAUUGUCAAGGUCAAUAUCCCCAAGGAUUGUCUUGCUUUCCAAACUGGUGAGGCUUUGCAACUUAUCACGAAGGGUAAAUUCCGUGCAGUGCCUCAUUUUGUAAAGGGAGCUCGGGCAGGGAGUGGGCGGGUUGCGAGGAAUACGUUGGCGGUAUUUACGCAGCCAAAUCUUGGGGAGGAGGUUGAUGAAGGUGUCACCUUCGCGGAGUUUGCAAGGCGUGUUGUGCAGAGAAACUAUUAG